AGAGAGUACAGCUCACGCCAGUGUCGGAUCUUCUUUCAUGCGGGCGCGCUGUUUCCUCUCCAGCUCAGUUUCAGUUCAUUUCUCCAGCGCAGCCACCGGCUCACCAGCCCCAAGUUUACGCACAGGGAUGCGGGCGCGUGGAGCCGCGUGAAAAUGGCUCUCUUUAGGAUUUACUCUUUCCUUGCUCCUUUUCAUGUAUUGGUGUUGUGUCAAGCCUUGAGGAAUUAUCCAGAUAAUGAAGUUACUUUACUCGACUCUAUGUCUGCCCCAGGUGAUCUGGGUUGGGAAGCAUAUCCAUCAGAGGGGUGGGAGGAGAUCAGUGUUAUGGAUGAGAGGAACAUUCCUAUGAGGACGUACCAGGUGUGCAAUGUAAUGGAAGCCAAUCAGAACAACUGGUUGCGCACUGGACUGAUCCAGCGAGAAGGUGCUCAACGUGUCUACGUGGAGAUCAAAUUCACUCUACGUGACUGCAACAGCCUUCCGGGAGUCCCUGGGACCUGUAAGGAGACGUUUAAUGUGUACUACCACGAAUCUAACAAUGCCGUCGCUGCACCUUUGCGGCACAUUCGAGAAAGCCAAUAUGUCAAGAUUGACACUAUAGCGGCUGAUGAGAGCUUUACGCAGACAGACGUUGGAGAUCGUGUCAUGAAGUUGAAUACGGAAGUGCGAGACAUCAGUGGUCUCAGUAAGAGGGGCUUGUACCUGGCGUUUCAAGACCUGGGUGCUUGCAUUGCUCUGGUGUCGGUGAGAGUCUUUUAUAAGCGCUGUCCUCUGGCAGUGCUCAAUUUGGCCCGGUUCCCGGACACAGUGACGGGUGGCGAUUCAGCACUGGUGGAAGUGCGUGGAACUUGUGUGGAGGAUGCGGAAGAGCUCGAGGCACCACGGAUGUUUUGCAGUGCUGACGGAGGUUGGCUGGUGCCCAUCGGCCGCUGUGUGUGCCGGCCAGGAUUCGAGGAGGUAGACGGACACUGCCAACCUUGUCGGUCAGGCUUCUACAAGGCCUCUGCUAUGGAUGCAUACUGUGUGAAGUGCCCCCCACACAGCUACUCCCACCAGGACAAGGCCUCUGAGUGUGUGUGUGAAAGAGGCUUCUACAGGGCUGAAUCAGACCCUCGCUCUAUGGCGUGCACAAGACCACCUUCGGCACCCGGCAAUCCCAUUUCCAUGGUGAACGAGACUGCAGUCACUCUAGAAUGGAGUCCUCCUCGUGAAAGUGGUGGACGUGGAGAUGUCACCUACAGUGUCCACUGCAGGAAGUGCUCUGGAGAAGCAGGGGCUGCAGGAGAUGGUGAGAAGUGUGUUCCCUGUGGCAGCAGUCCGCAUUUCAACCCCAGGCAGUUUGGCUUGAUGCACCCCAGAGUUCUGGUGACAGAACUGCAGCCUCACACCAAUUACACCUUCAACAUUGAAGCCCUGAACGGAGUGUCGGAUCUCAGCCCCAGUCCACGUCAUCUAGUGUCCGUCAACAUCACCACCAGCCAGACAGUGAGUGUCAUCUUAAAGGAAAGGAAGGGCACCGACAGUGUAACGCUGGCAUGGCAGGGUCCAGAACCUUCUGACGGGACUGUAGUGGAAUAUGAAGUCACCUAUUAUGAAAAGAACCAGCAGGAUCAGAAUUACACUGUGCUGAAGACCAAAUCCAACAGUAUGACGGUGGAAGGACUCAAGCCGGGAACCACAUACAUCUUCCGGAUCCGAGCUCGUACAGAUGGAGGCUAUGGGAACUACAGGGGAGAAAUUGAGUUGGAGACGAGCCAUGAAGAUAUGCUUGCGGUUGGAGAUCCAAACCAGCAAACCAUACUGGCCAUCUCUGUGGCAGGCGGUGCAGUGCUUCUGGUCUUGCUAGUGGCCUGUUUUGUUGUGAGUGGACGGCGCUGUGGAUAUAUUAAAGCAAAGCAAGACCCUGAGGAAGAGAAAAUGCAGUUUCAGCAUGGACGAGUCAAACUUCCCGAAACCCGCAUGUAUAUUCACCCGCAUACAUAUGAGGACCCCAACCAGGCGGUGCGAGACUUCGCCAAGGAGAUCGAAGUUUCCAACAUACGGAUUGAGAGAGUUAUUGGGGCUGGUGAGUUUGGAGAGGUCUGCAGUGGCCGUCUAAGGCUGCCAAGUAAGAGGGAGAUCCAGGUUGCCAUCAAGAGUCUGAAAGCCGGAUAUUCAGAGCAGCAGAGACGUGACUUUCUGGGUGAAGCCAGCAUUAUGGGCCAGUUUGACCAUCCCAACAUCAUUCGACUGGAAGGAGUCGUCACUAGAUGUAAGCCUGUGAUGAUAGUGACAGAGUACAUGGAAAAUGGAUCUCUGGACACUUUUUUGAAGAAACACGACGGGCAGUUCACAGUGAUCCAGCUGGUGGGAAUGAUGCGUGGGAUAGCUGCGGGGAUGCAGUACCUCUCAGAGAUGAACUAUGUGCAUCGGGAUUUGGCGGCACGGAACAUUCUGGUGAAUGGAAACCUGGUGUGUAAAGUGUCUGACUUCGGGCUGUCGCGUGUGUUAGAGGACGAUCCAGAGGCAGCAUACACUACACGGGGGGGUAAGAUUCCCAUUCGAUGGACAGCCCCUGAGGCCAUCACCUACAGGAAGUUCACAUCAGCCAGUGAUGUGUGGAGUUACGGCAUUGUCAUGUGGGAGGUGAUAUCCUAUGGGGAACGACCGUACUGGGAAAUGUCCAAUCAGGACGUGAUAAAAGCUGUAGAUGAAGGCUACAGGCUACCGGCUCCAAUGGACUGUCCGGUGGUGCUUCACCAGCUCAUGUUAGACUGCUGGGAAAAGAACCGCAGCGAUCGGCCGAAAUUUGGGCAGAUUGUCAACACUCUGGACAGGCUGAUCCGGAACCCUAGCAGCCUGAAGCAGCUGGCUAAUACUGCAAUCUGGGAGGACCCAGUGACUCCUGAGGCAGGGGUCCGCACGGUGGAAGACUGGCUGGACUUGAUUAAAAUGGGUCAGUACAAGGAACACUUCUCCAGCGCCGGUUAUGUCACCCUGGACUCAGUUCUGUAUGUCAGCGCCAGUGAACUGGAUAAGAUGGGUGUAGCAAUGGCAGGCCAUCAGAAAAAGAUCUUGUCUAGCAUCCAGUGUCUUCAGGCACACCAUGGGAUUCAGGUCCAGGUAUAGCACCUCACCUCAACGCCCUCAAACCUGUUCCGCUUCCCCUGAUGAGGAGAUUGGGAGCGUUCUUGCCACAUGGAAGCAUCUUGCUGCAAAAUGACUCUGUUUUAUCUCUCUACCAGCACUGAAGUUCAUCAGCCCUACAGGAGAACGGGCCGGUACCUUCCCCUUUGUGAUCAGCAUCCAGAAAGGCAGUAGAUCGCUUGCAGAUGUCCGAGAUUGUGAACUUGGAUAUCGAUCCAUCCAAGUGAAGUAAGAACAAGAAUCAACACCAUGUGACAUCACAGCACUGUGAACAUCACGUUUCACUCCUCAUUGUACAGAAGACCUUGAGAAGAAACACCGACUGUGUCUUGUGAAUCUUUGAACUGUGUUGCGAGCUAUUCUAGUAUGAUUUUCUUCGAUAAGACGCUUAAUGUGAAAUGCGAUGGUGAGGAAACCUUCAGUGCAAACCUGUGUACGUGGAAGUAGUUUAGAAACCUUGAGACUCGCCUUUAGAAAUCAAUGAAGCACUGAUCUCUCUUUUUCGCAUACGCACACAUUUAAAUGCUACAUAGAAGGGCCGCUCCUUGACCCCAAAUGCCACUCCGGACUGCUUCCGUCAAGCCCUCAGCAGCGUCUUCGGAAUAUGUCAAUUCCACCAUGGAGAUCCUAGAGUUUGUAGAGCCCACGCUUGUCACUUUUGACAAGUUUUGACAUCCGAUGUGCAGCUACAGAGAAACAAUAGGCGUUUAAGGAAUGAAAAGCAAUUGUUGCUUCACAAACAGAGACUGGCCAGCGUGACGAUGUCAUGAAGAGGGCAGAUGUUGUCCUUCCUUCACACUGGCAGCAGCUUUCAGUCGUCUUUUUCAACACGUUGAUGUGGCUUUUCUUUGUGUGUUUAAGGUAUUUUGCCUCAUUAAAUGUGUUUCAUCACAAACGUGAGCAUGUUUUUUGAAAGGAGGAGGAAGGAUAUGUGUUGAGCAUUUUAUGAGAGAGACUUUAUUCCUAAAUCAUCCUGGUGUUGAUGGAGCUGCACUCGGUGGACUGUUGAAACUGUGUUUGUGUUGGACCCUGUUUAGCGUAGAGGUACCGAGUGCUUGGUACCUUCAGAUAACAUUUCCAUAUGACAACAAAAUGGAGGAGCUUAAACAUUUUAGCAUACAAUUUCCAUGUCAUUUCAUGCGCCAUGUUCACAAUCCCGUGUAAAAAGGUGUCCGCAACAGAUGCUUUUAAAAUAGCUUCAUCCUCCAAUUUCUGGUUUCUCGCCCCAUUUUUCUUGGCAGUGCUUUGUUCUGCGCUUGGAAAUGUGUGAUUGAAGAGAAAAGAUUGUAUUGCAGUAGAACUUGAGACAUUGUACAGUGUUGGUUAUUAUAUUUGUACAGUAAUGACUUAGUGUUUUGAAGGUUUUUGUCAGUUGUAAAUUAAGGCAAGGUGGUAACUCUUAUUUUAACCUUUAACUCUAGCUUUGGACAGACGAGGAUUGUGAGGCUGUAGAAUGUAAUGGAUAAUUUAGCUUUAAAGUGUUGGGGAAAGCUAAGCAUUCUCAGGAUUGUUGUUUGUCACUGAUACAUGAUUCAAGAUGGCUGCAAACUCAGUUCUGUCGUCUAUGGAUACACUUCCUGUUCGAUGCCAUUCGGCUUCAUUGUUCUUAUUUAUGUUUGGUCAUCACAAGUCUUUCAUUUAUACAGUAAAAACACUUUAUGCGUUUUUGUCUUUUUUCCAGUAAAACUAUCUAAACAUCAGAAUUUCUUAAUAUUUUAAGAAUUGUUCACCUUAAAAUUACUUAUUUUAUGCUCUAAAGAAAAUGUAGUGGGUUUUAUU